AUGGACGUGGCUGUAAAGCAGGAAAUCAAUGGAUCACCAUUGCCUCAGCGUCCUCAACAGCAGCAACAUGGUGGUACCCCGGGACCAAUGCAUGGUAAUAACCAACCCGGUCCCGAUCAGCAUGGCCCUGGCGGAUCAGCCAACAAGAAUAUGAACAGAAAUAAUCGCAACAAUAGCAAGAACCGACCCAGUAUGCCGAUUCGCAAUCGCGGUCCGGGUGGUGUUGGCGGUGGCGGCGGCGGCGGUGGUAACAGUAACAAUGGAGGUCCAGGCAACAAUCGUCCCGGCAAUAAUGGAGGAAAUCCUCAGCAAAUGGGCGGAGAAGACUUCGUUCCUAACCAACAUCAAAACCGUGGAGGCAUGAAUCGUGGCAACAAUCGCGGUGGAAAUGAUAUGGACAACAAUUUCGGCGAUCGUCGUCGCGGUGGUAGUGAAGCAUACUUCAUCAGCGAGAAACUUCGAAUGCUCGCCGGUCCUUUGCUGGAAAUCCCUCCGAUUGAGGCACAUGACGCCAAAUUUUCUGGUCGUAAUCGGCUGUACGUCGGUAAUUUGACAAACGAUGUAACGGAAGAGGAGCUAAUGGAAAUGUUCAAACCGUUUGGUGAAAUUAACGAGGUGUUCAUGAACAAGGAGAAAAACUACGCCUUCGUGCGUGUAGAUUAUUUCUCUAAUGCAGAAGAAGCAAAGCGAAGCCUCGACGGUACUACGCGCAAGAAUCGUGUGUUGCGCGUACGAUUUGCUCCGAAUGCGACUGCAAUUCGAGUGAAGAAUUUGACACCGUACGUAACGAAUGAGCUGUUGUACAAAUCGUUCGAGGUGUUUGGACCGCUCGAGCGAGCAGUUGUGCAGGUGGAUGAGCGUGGUAAGCCAACCGGAGAGGGUAUUGUAGAGUUCAAGAACAAACCCGGCGCAUUGGCAGCUAUCCGAUUCUGCACAGACAAAUGCUACUUCCUCACGACGUCACUGCGGCCAGUUAUUGUGGAGCCGUACACAUAUCAGGACGACAAUGACGGUCUGCCUGAAAAAUCUCUCAAUAAGAAGCAGAGUGAAUUUUUGAAAGCGCGCCAGCAAGGACCGCGCUUCGCAGAGCACGGAUCGUUCGAGUUCGAGUAUGGACAGCGUUGGAAGCACAUGCACGAGUUGUUUAAGCAGAAAGCUGAAUCACUGAAGCGUGAGAUGAUCAUGGAAGAAGAAAAGUUGGAAGCACAGAUGGAGUACGCUCGAUUCGAGCAGGAAACCGAACAGCUGCGAGAGCAGCUGCGUCAACGCGAAAUGGAUCGUGAUCGGCAAAAAGCCGAAUGGGAAAUGAAGGAGCGUCAGGUGCAGGAAGCGCGUCAGCGCAAUGAUAUCCAGAUGAAAACCGAUAUUGAAGAAAUGACCAACAGAAUCAAACGGUCGGAUGAAGAAUUACAUCGCAGACAAAAAGAAAACACUAUGUUCAUGCAGAACCGCCAGAUGAUGGAACAACAGCAAAUGAACGACAUGGGCAUGGGAAGCGGCGGCGGAGGUGAUGCCGGUGGUGGUAUCGACAACCGCCGCAACUUCGACAUGAUGAACCAAGGAGGCGGCAAUGGUAACUUCGGCAAUAUGGAACCGACUGUCCGAGAUUACGAUCACGGUCAAAACCGACCGACUCGGUUCGACGAUGGACCGCAACCACAGCAACAGCAACAACAACAGCAGCAGCAGCAACAGCAGCAAAUGCAUCAGCAACAGCGUGGCAACAAUUUCGGAGGCAAUCGUAACAAUUGGAUGAAUAAUACGCCUGAUCGUCGAUUGAACAGUGAUGAUUUCCAAAACAAGCGUAGACGCUUCUAA